UAACCGGUAUCGCCACGUACGAUCGAAAUCGAAGAAUCAUCAUCAUAACCUCUUGAUUCACUUAAUUUUUUUCUGUAUAUUACAAUGGUUUUCUGAAAGAAUAGGAUUUCUUUUCUUGCAAUCAGAGAUUUCCUUAUAAAAUUAUGUUGUUCACUAAUGUUCCGAAAAGGAAUAUUCGUGCAAGGUAACUCAUCUUAGGUACUUCGUCAACAAUGAAUUUUCCCAGAUCUUUGUUGAAGCUAUCUAGUGAAAUCAUGCUAAAAAAAUAUAGAAUUUAUAAGCAUUGUCAAUCUAUCCGGCAAUUAUCAUUGAGUAAUGCCAUCUUAUGUAAAUCACAGAGUGAUGAUUCCAAGGAAACCCUUCAAGACUCCCCAUUGAAGAAAUUGUUAGAAGAUUCUGCAUCAUUUCAAGACAUCACAAAUAAAGAACAGCAAUGGGUCACUUUACCAUACCCAGAAGGCACAAAUGUAAGAAAACAAGGAGAAUUUGAGAAGAAAAAUAAAAAGGAUCCAAGAGAUACUUCCAUCAUACUAUUCCCUGGUCAAGGAAGUCAAUAUGUAGGCAUGGCAAAAAACUUGUUGAAAUUUCCUAUGGUGAAAGAUCUGUUUGAACUUGCCAAUUAUAUUUUGCGUUAUGAUCUGUUGAAACUGUGUUUGCAUGGGCCAAAGGAACAGUUAGAUAGCACAAAAUAUGCUCAGUCAGCAAUAAUGGUGUGUUCAUUGGCAGCUAUUGAACAGCUUAAGGAGGAACGACCAAAUGCAAUUGCAAACUGUGUUGGUACAGCUGGAUUUAGUUUGGGAGAGAUUACAGCAUUGGUAUUUGCUGGGGCACUUGGAUUUGAAAGAGCUCUUCAGCUUGUCAGGAUCAGAGGCGAAGCGAUGCAGUUGGCUAGUGAGGCCUACAAAGGUGGAAUGCUCACUGUGCUUUAUCAGCCAGACAGCAAGGUGAACUACGCUUGUCUAAAAGCUAAAGAAUGGGCGGUAGAUAAAGGCGACCCUCUACCAGAAUGUAAAGUAGCAACUUAUGUAUAUCCACAUUGUAAAGUUAUUGCUGGUAGUGAAUCGGCACUAGAAUUUUUCGAAAAGAACUACCAACAGUUCAAUAUUCGUAAAAUAAUAAGAUUACCUGUCAGUGGACCAUUCCAUACUGAACUGAUGAGGCCAGCAAUGGAGACUUUCAGAAAAGCCCUUCACAAAUCUGAAAUUUUAGAUCCUGUAAUAAGUGUUUACUCCAAUGUUGAUGGAAAAAAAUAUCGAAAUGCUGAACAUAUUAGAAGACAACUACCGAAACAUAUGAUAAAGCCAGUGAAAUGGGAGCAACUCAUGCAUACAGUAUUUGAAAGAGAUUCUGAUUCCCAUUACCCAAGGGUAUUUGAAGUUGGACCUGGCACAUCAUUAAGGGCCAUCCUCAAACAAGUUAAUGCCAAAGCUUGGUCUGAAUGUUACAGCAUACCAGCAUGA